CCAUUUGACGGAUAUCUACAAAAUUUUCAGUUAAACAUUGCUGUUUUCUAUAGCUGAACUUAUAUAUAAAUGUGUAAAUUACACUUUUGAAAUUUAAAAUGAAAUAAUUUUUUUUGAUAAAAUUUGACGAGAAAGAAAGAUUGUGUAAUUUAAUGCAAGAAUAAAACACGAACUCUUAUUUCCAAAAGGAUUUUUUUCGACAGAAUCGACCGCGAAGCUGUUCUCACUAGGAAGAAAAAUUGCAGAUACGGAAUGGAUAUGAGUGAAAUCUUGUUGAAGAAAUUCGAGCUUGGUGAAAGCGACACGACGAUCUUUGCGAAAAUAUGCAUCGCCCGGAGGAGUUAAAGGAAAAAGAUAUAGAGAAGGACUGCCGUGACGACAUGAACAAAUGUUCGUCGUGCAUAUACAUGCUUCUCCGUUUGCUCUUAUUCUAUUCCUUCUCUCGCUAUGCGCCUGGCUCUGCAUUUGCCGAUGGGGAUUCGGCUACAAUCUGAAAGAUCGAGAAAUUACCUAUUGCCUGGUGGCCUAUUUUAUUAUUAUCUCGUUCUUGAACGUCGUCUUUUUAGGACAUAUACGACUAUUUUAUGAUUAUCCGCCGGAAAUGGUCGGUAAUUGAUAGGAUUAUCGGCAGAGUGAUGACAGGUGAUGUCAGUCGCCUUGGCGGCCGCUAGAUGGCGUUACCCGUACAAUUCUUGCUGGAAGAAGCUGCUAAUUUCUGGAGUGCAAGAUAUUAAUUUACGAGUGAAUUAAUGAUUUCUCGCGGCAUAUUUCAGUGAGAAACGUAAUUAACUUUGGUGGAUGCGCAGAAAGUGUUUGUAGUUAUCGGAAUCAACGAAGAUUGCGCGGAGGUUGAUUGAUCGCUUAUAACCUAACCUAAAAACGGAACUACUACGAUGGGUCUUUCACGACACAUUCAAUUCAUCAGCCGUACGGUCUUUGUUCAGAACAACGAUGUAGACAAGGCAUGCCGCUUAUUAAAUCGCAUACUGUCCCAAGAAGACAUCUUUGGUCAGUACAGGCGCACGAGGUAUUAUGAGAAACCAACUCAGGUCAGACGUAGGGUCAACUAUGAGAUGUGCAAGUCGAUCUACAAUGAGGAUAUGGACAGGAAGAUCAAAUUUCUUCUACGCAAGAACAGAGUAGAUCCUUUUCCCGGUGCAUCGUAAGAUAACUUGUUCCAUAUUAAAUCGUGUCAUUGCAAUAAAUCUGUCCAUCAAUUGAUAAA